GCUACGAGGUCACGAGGGUCUUCCUCUAAGAAGCUAGACAUAUGGUCAUGGUGGAUAAACAAGGAGGAAAGGUGGAUGGGGAAGAGGUAGUACUUCCCCGAGGAAGAGAGGACCAAAGAAGUUUGUAAUGAGGAGCACAUUGGAUGGCAUCGACACAGUGGAGCUUCUGAGGAGAGCAUUGAGACAACCGAUGCAAUGCACUCUGAUGGAAUAUCUGGCGGCAUCAAGAGCAGAGUGGGGCAAGCUUCAGGCAAUGACUAGGAAGACUCGCAUACCGCUGAGAGAUGAGAUACUCGGAGGGUCGGCUACUGAGCCAUUAGUGGUAGCCGUAUCUAGCGUGAAAACCGAGGAGUCCAUUCUUAAAGAAGAUAGAACGGUGACGGUUUACCUAGAUGGGAGAGAGGGAGUUGCCCACGAAAAGUUCUACAUCCUAGGAAGUGGUGUCCUUGAUACGAUACUUAACGACCACGUGACUCUGCAGGGAGUAAUAAAUAACGGUUGCGAAGCGAUCAUUAUUGACGAGGAGCUUGCAAAACAGCUCAAGUUCGACUUGGACCGAUCCUACAAGUUCGAGAUAGAGACAGCGGACAAGAAGAGACAAGAGGUAGUAGGGACUAAUGCGGGCGGGAUGGGUGGCCAUGGCAUGGUAGGGCACGGGAUGGCAGGUCAGGGUCUGAUGGGGCAGGGCAUGCCCGGAUCUCCCCUGGCUGGACCGAACAGCGGCCCAGCAGCAUACGGGACCGUUACAUGUUUCAUAUGCGGGAAGACUGGGCAUUACUCUCGCAAUUGCUGGCAAGCGGCAAGUAAGCAGCGACCGGAGGAAGAUCAGGAGAUGAAGGAGCUCUUGCGUAGGAUAGCGAAGAGGGAGAAGGAAGAGGAGGAGACAAAGCAGCGAGAGAUUGAGGAGACAAGGAAAAAAGAGGAGGAAGAGAGGAGAGAAGGGGAGAAGUUACGGGACGAAGAAGCAAGGGAGGCGCGACUAGAAGCGACAAUCGUGAAGAUUUUGACGCACCGGAAGCUGGCGAUUCAGAUACCUACGGUAGAGCAGCCAUCAGUUGAUUCAAGAAAGCGGUCUCCAUGGACCAAGGCACGCAUGAUCCAAGAGAUCAGGAACUACAUCGCAGCAUCCGACGACGAAAGUGACGAAGUACGAGACGAGACCGAGAAGUUGGUUGAGGCAUUGGAGAAGCUGAAGUGGAAGAAUAAGAAGAAAUCACCGAUCGUAGGGAAGACUACGAGUCGGACGGUGAGGAAGAAGGCACCGCAGAGGAAGGGGAAAGCACAAGUGACGGAGGAGGACGGUAAUGGCGAAGGUUUCUUAACGCCGAAGAAGGUGGGCCCUGCGGGAGGGUCGAGUGAGGAUCUGGUUGAGUAUGCACUCUCUCAGACACGCGCCCUAAGUGCCAUGAAAGCGACGGAGCUUCGCAGGAUCUGCGACGAGGAGGGAGUAAAGUACAUUGUCAAGGAGCAAGCUAUAGAACAAAUCGCACGCUGCAGAACAAAGCUUGCAUACGAAGGUUUCUUCGAACGCAUGUACAAGCUGUCGAGUAGGAAGCUCGUAGCCUUAUACAGGACGGCGGGCUUGUUCUCGAGCAGCACGACGCGAAACUGUUUGAAGAAUCGGAUCUCGCGCGUACUGAAGCAGAAGUUUGGGGUCAAGGUAAGAAGGAGAUUAUACGUGAGGAUCCCGUACUCGGUCCAGGUGAAUCUGAGUGCGGUUAGGGACUUCAUGACGAAGGUGAUUACCAUAUCCGUACCUGAUGAAGCCAUCCGCACUCUCGUGAUAGAGAGGAUGAGGAUGGUCAAGACGAAGGGCAGGACGGUUGCCAACAUCAUUCACAACUACAAGAAGAAGCUGCAGAAUGGCGAGGAGAAGUGUACGUGUUCAAGGUCGUUGCUACAGCGGUUUCAGGGACACGUGCGGACGAGACUGGACGAGAUACGAGGUGUACACCGAUUCGUUCUCAACUCAAGGAACGUUAUGUGUGGUAGGGCCGUAAAUACAGUGGAACUCCUAGAGGCCAUUAUCAAGGUGAUACCGAAGACAUGGAGGAAGAAUCUGCUACAACUGUCUGGCGCGGAUGUCCGGAGAUGUGUCCGUGAGCAAAUGACGUCGCCAUCUGCGGUGACCGAGCAGGAGGUUGCCCGCAACGUGCGCGCCAUACGUUCUCUGGUGCUCGUGCCGUUGGAUAGAAAUCGAGGCGCGACUCUGGUAAUAUGUCCAGUAUUGUACUUUCAUGGUUUCCGCAUGACGUUCAGUUGGAACCCCGGCUUCAUAAACAAGGCGUAGGAUGAAGAGCGAAUAUUAGUAGAAUCGAAGGCUGCGUACAAAGA